AUGUGCCGCAUGCGGUCCGCCUUCAGUGCGUGGGAGGCUGUGCUGCCGCCGCAGGGCGGCGGGUUGGCGCGGGUGGCCCGGCAGAUCUUCGGGUUCCAGCGGAACCCGUCCAUUUGGGUCCCAGCCUUUGCAGAGGCGUCAACUCUGCUGGACCGCUUUGCUCACCAAGUCUUCUGGUUCCAUGCCCGCAGGCUGGAGCUGAGCUCGGUGCCGCCCGGCUCCGGCGCGGAGCUCUGGGUGCAGCGCCGGGGUCCUGAGCAACCUCCGGGUGAGCGCGGCAUGGACUGGCAUUUCGACAAGGACGAGGACCUCCUGGACCGAGAGGACGUCUUGGUGAUGCCGAAGCUGAGCACCGUGACGUACUUGAGCUCCACAGGUGCACCCUUGCUGGUUCUAUCGCAGCCAGUGUUGAAAGAGGGCGAGCUUCAGCCGAUAGAGGGCCAGGUCACUGCAUUCCUCACUCGGCCCGUCUCGGGGAGACAUGUGGCCUUCGAUGGGCGGCUUCUCCACGGCUGCCCUGCACGCUUCGCCUCAAGAGGCGAGAGGCUUUCACUGUCGGUGAACCUUUGGUUCGGGCACAAGCCCCUGGGGGUGGUGUCAAGCGAGUCCUUGCGGGCGAGGCUCAGUCGCGAAGGCGUAGACCCAAUGAUGGAGCUGUCAACCUCAGAGGACCUCUUCACACCUGGUGACGGCAUGGUCGUGAAGCAGCACCAGGCGGACGGCGGCAUCGACUUGCCGGUGGACUUUGGGCCGUGGCACAUCGCGGGGCUGCGGGUGCCGUCGGAGCUGCGGGGAGAGGACCUCACAACACCUCUUGCGCUCUUGCACGAUGCCGGACAGGUAACAGCAGAGAACAUGCAACUGCGGCGGCAGCUGGAGAAAGAUCCUGCCGCCCCGCGGACCGAAAUUCGAGCCUCCAAACGGAUGGACGAUGCCUUGCGCAAGUCCGGGUGCGACGAGGACUUCCACUUCACUCCCACCGUGGUUCAGACGGUCCAACGUAAGUCCUUCCAGUCUGUCGAGGCGCCUUUGGAGCUGCCGGGCGCCGUGGUCGAAAAGCUGCCUGUGGGGCCCCCCCCGGGCCUUCAGAACUCCGAGGACGGCACCAACGAACCGGAUGAGCCGGAGGAGCACAACGGGGACGUAGGGCACCGCAAAACCCACCGAAAGUCCGUCGUAACGGUAGAAGACGAGUUGGGGGAUAGCGCAUCAUUUCUCCUGCUUUUGGACAUGGUUCCAGCAGCGGUGAUCAUCCUCAGCGCUGCGAUCGCUGGACUGAGUGCCGAUAUUGCGCCAAACCACAUAGCAUGGACUGUGCUCGAGAUUGUGUUCACGGUUUUCUUUGUUGCAGAGAUCAUUGUGAAGUGCAGAUACUUUGGCAUUUGCGAAUAUCUAGUGGGUGCGGAUUGGUACUGGAGCUGGUUUGACAUCCUCUGCGUCAUCUUGGCACUUGUCGACAUGACCCUGCAAUUUGCUUUUUCCGACGCCGAGGGUGGUGACGAUGGGUCCCCCGUGGGUGUGCUGAAGAUGCUGAAGCUCGCCCGGCUUGGACGUAUCGUCCGCCUGCUGCGAUUCAAGAUCUUCCAAGAGCUAAAGCUGAUGAUACAGGGAGUGUUCACCGGGCUCCGGGUGCUGUUUUGGGCGGUGGUGUUGCUACUUCUUUGCAUGUACCUGCUGGGCGUCUUCACGCGCACCAUCUUCUCGGACCAUGCGGAGUUUGAAACUGUGCCGGCGGCGAUGUUCACUUCCUUCCGAUGCUUUACCGAAGGGUGUUCGGCUUUCGAUGGGACACCUCUGCAAGAGAGGUUGCGCAAGGACCACGGUGGUGUUUUCAUGUUUGGCUACAUCUUGCUUUUUCUGUUUGUUACCAUCGGGAUCUUCAAUCUGAUCAUGGCAGUGUUUAUCGAUAACGUCGCGGACGGCAGCACGAAGAAGCGGCAGCGCGAACUCGGGGAGAACGCGCCCCGCACAGAAUGGGUCUUAGCCAGCUCCUUGCGGCAAAUCAUCAUGACCAAUGUGCUGCGCAAGGAGACCCAGCACCUGCCAGAUGAUGAAAGGACACAGGUGCUGAAGGAGAAGAUUGAAGCUCUUCGAGAGAGGUAUGGUUACAAACCCCACUCGAACCAGGAAUAUCAAGAGCUUGCCGAUGGAAUUCGAGAGGACAUGUCAGAAAGUGGUGUGGUUGUCACGAGGGAAGACUUCAACGGAUGGCUCACCAGCGAGAAGGAGUUGAUUUCAAAGAUGGAUGAUGCCGAAAUCGACCUGUCAUGUAAGUAUGACCUCUUCGAUGUCCUCGAUGCGGAUCUCAGCGGUGAGCUUGACUUCGAUGAGAUGGUGGAUGGCCUUAUCAAGUGCCGAGGCCCUGUGUCCAAAACCGACAUCAUCGCCAUUAGGCUGAAGACUGUGUUGUUGGUUCGCAUGAUGAACGGCAUAUGUGAAAAGCUCGGAAUUCAACCCGGUUGA